AUGACUAAUGAUAUAUUAUUAGUUACUCCCUGAGUUCAUUUUACUCUCUAGCUUGAUCAGUAAAACAAGCAGCAAUGGAAGGUUUAAGAACUUCCUCUGUUUCAUCGAUUCACAUCCCAACUUCAAUAAGCAAAACCCAAUUCAACAAACCCAAGUUCUUGAAUUUUCAGUUUAAUCCAGUACCCACUGCAACUUUCUCAAGAAAAACACCAUCACAAUCCAAGCUUUUCACAACCAUAUCAUCAUCUCCAUACUUUGUUUCAACACCUGAGCCAGAACUUGAAGCUGACUCUCAAGCAGAGAAGUUUGAUUGGUACGCACACUGGUAUCCCGUAAUGCCAGUUUGUGAUUUGGACAAGAGGGCACCCCAUGCAAAAAAGGUGAUGGGACUUGAUAUUGUUGUGUGGUGGGACAACAAUGAGAGUUCAUGGAGAGUAUUCAACGAUGCUUGUCCUCAUAGGUUGGCCCCGUUGUCUGAAGGAAGGAUCGAUCGAUGGGGAAGGUUACAGUGUGUGUACCAUGGUUGGUGUUUUAAUGGCUCUGGUCACUGCAACUUCAUUCCUCAAGCACCACCUGAUGGUCCUCCGGUCUCCACAUCUAAGAAAGCGUGUGUAGCAGUUUAUCCAAGCACAGUGCAUCAUGACAUCGUGUGGUUUUGGCCAAACACUGAUCCACAAUACAAAGAUAUCAUUUUGAAGAAGCAACCUCCCUUCAUCCCAGAAUUAGAUGAUCCAUCAUAUAUCAAGAUAACGGGUUCCAGAGAUUUACCUUAUGGAUACGAAGUCUUGAUCGAAAACCUGAUGGAUCCUGCUCAUGUUCCCUAUGCACAUUAUGGGAUUAUGAAAACACGACAACCAAAAGUGAAGGCAGAUAGAGAAGGGGGCGAACCAGUUGAAUUGAGUAUCAAGAAACUAGACAUAGAUGGUUUCAUUGGAAAUCAAGUCCAGUUUGGUAUUAAUAAAUUUAUAGCUCCCUGCAUCUCUUAUGCUGACAGAAGUCCUGUGGUUUCAUUGUUUAACGGUUUCUUCAUAAAAAAUUUAUCCGUGCAGAAACCUUCCAUGCAACGGAGAGAGGCCUUGAUUUUCUUUUGUGUUCCGGUCAGUCCAGGGAAUAGCAGAUUGAUUUGGGCCAUACCAAAAAACUACGGAGUUUGGAUUACCAAAGUUGUUCCACGAUUUAUUCUUCAUUCGGUAACCAACAUAGUUCUGGAUUCAGAUCUGUAUCUCCUUCAUCUGGAGGAGCGCAAGAUAAUGGAGAUUGGCUCUUCCAACUGGCAGAAGGCUUGUUUUGUGCCAGUAAAAUCAGAUGCUUUUGUGGUUGGUUUCAGAAAAUGGUUAAACAAGUAUGCUGGUGGUCAAGUUGAUUGGAGGGGCAACUACAGUGGAACUCUUCCCCCAGCUCCUCCUAGAGAACAGUUGUUGGACAGGUAUUGGUCGCAUGUAGUAAACUGUCCCAGUUGCAAUUCUGCAUACAAGGGUCUCAAUGCACUAGAGGUUAUUCUGCAAUUUGCUUCUCUAGCUUUCAUUGGGAUUGCUGGUGCAACCAAGCACAAUGUAUAUACAAUGGUAGCAAUGGCAGUAGUAUGCUUUGUAGGUUCAAAAUGGCUGGAUCAAUUCAUCUACAAGAACUUCCAUUACCAUGACUACGAUCAUGCUUUUCGCUGAGGUGUGUUGAAAAUAUGUCUUCACUGGUGAAUGCAUGAUCCUGCAAUAGAUGGCUGAAAUGGAAUUUCAAGUCAGCAGAAUUCUUCUGCUCUUAAGUGCUGCUGUAGAGUAUGUUGUGGAGGGUGAAAAAACUUGAGCACGGUGUAUCGUUUUCUUGUGAAGUUAUUUUCAAAUAUUAUCUAGAGACGUUUAUAUGAAAUUUGUAAUAUAUUAUUACUGACAGUCAAGUAUUUUCCUUUA